CGGUUUCACCUCUCUAUUAUUUUGCCCCACUUGUAGAGAAGUGGAAAAAAAUAUGUUGCAAAUAGUGACUGGGGUAAACUAGAAAGGCCCCACAGUCAUUACUAUUAAGAGGGUUUUACAGAAUUUAAAGUCCAGUGACAAACGAUCAACGGCUUCCAUUUAGAGGCAUUGAGAGAUGAACGCUAAGAAAUUACUUGGGAGCUCUCACCUCAAUCUUAUACCACCAAUAAUACUAAACCCAUUUCGUUUGGCCCACAGAUUCAUCACCUUCCAAUCCAAAGGAUCCUCAAUUUUAGCAACCAAAACUCGUCUCAUCAUUUCUUACUGUGAACGAAGCUUGCUUAAUGAAGCACGCCAAUUGUUCGAUGAAAUUGCUGAAAGGGAUGUUGUUGCUUGGACAGCUAUGAUUACAGGCUACACAUCAUGCGGCCGUCACCAACAAGCAUGGAGGCUAUUCCGGGAUAUGACAAGGGACGAAAAUGUAGAGGCCAAUGCGUUUACUCUCUCCAGUGUCCUAAAGGCAUGCAAAGGCUUGGAGUCGUGUUCUUGUGGAGCAAUUGUUCAUGGUUUGGCAAUAAAGUAUGGCCUGGAUGGAUCUCUGUAUGUUGAGAACACGCUUAUGGACAUGUAUGCUACGUGUAGUGUUAGCAUUGAUGAAGUAUGCAUGGUUUUCCACCAGAUACAUAUAAAGAAUGAGGUUUCGUGGACAACAAUGAUCAGUGCUUACACACACAGAGGGGACGGUUUCAGUGGACUUCAAGUUUUCCGGCGUAUGUUGCAGGAGGAAGCAGAACUGAACCCAUACAGCUGUUCGAUUGCAAUUAGAGCGUGUGCGGCGACAGGAUCCUACAGUUUUGGCAAGCAGAUAUGUGCUCUUGUGUUUAAAUAUGGAUUCAACUCCAAUCUGCCAAUUGGUAAUUCUAUUAUAGACAUGUACUGCUGGUGCCAUAGUUUAUCUGAAGCAAAUCAAUACUUUCUUGAAAUGUUUCAGAAAGAUUUGACUACAUGGAAUACCCUGAUUGCUGGGUUUGAGAGAUCUGGCUCAAUUGGAUGCCUUCACAUUUUUUCCCAAAUGGUAUCACAAGGUCUCAGCCCCAAUUGCUUCACAUUUACUAGUCUUGCAUCUGCCUGUGCUAAUAUGACAGUUCUAAGUUCCGGACAACAGGUUCAUGGGGGUAUUAUUCGAAGAGGGUUUGAAAGUAAUUUGGCAUUGACUAAUGCCCUUCUGGACAUGUAUGCCAAAUGUGGAAAUAUAGCUGAUUCAUUCAAGAUUUUUAGUGAGAUGCCUCAAAGAGAUGUGGUCUCUUGGACUUCGAUGAUGAUUGGAUAUGGGACACAUGGAUAUGGAAAAGAGGCAAUAGGACUGUUUGAUCAAAUGGUAGAUUCAGGUAUCAGACCUGAUGCUAUUGUGUUUAUGGGCGUUCUUAGUGCUUGUAGUCAUGCGGGGCUCGUCUGUGAAGGAUUAAAAUAUUUUAAGUCAAUGGUCACUGGUUAUGGGAUUACUCCAAACCAGGAGAUUUAUGGGUGUGUUGUAGAUCUGCUAGGACGUGCAGGAAAAGUCAAGGAGGCUUAUGAAUUGAUAGAGAAUAUGCCAUUCAAGCCCGAUGAAACAGUUUGGGGUGCACUCCUUGGUGCGUGCAAAGCAUAUGGAGAUUCAAAUUUGGGAAAAUUAGCUGCUCAGAAGUUAUUGGACUUGAGGCCUAGUUGCAUUGAAACUUAUGUCAUACUUUCUAAUAUUUAUGCUGCUGAUGGUAGGUGGGGGGAGUUCGCAAAAACAAGGAAAUUGAUAAGAAGCAUCGGGAAUAGGAAAGAGGCAGGGAGGAGUUGGAUUGAAGUUGGAAAUAAAGUCUAUAGUUUUGUGGUUGGUGAGAAGGUGGGUCUCCAUAUUGAGUUGGUUUAUAAUGCACUGAAAAUUCUUGUUCAACACAUGAAAGAAACUGGAUAUGUUCCUGAUUCAGAUUCCCUACUAUAUGAUUUGGAAGAUGGGACAUGAGAGAAAAGCCAAACUUUAAUUAAGCAACUGGGAAGAUCAUUUUGAUAAAUCUGGUGUUCUCCAAGCAAACCAUUAGAUUUCCCAUAAGAAGCUUGAAGUGCAUAUUGUCAAUAGAGGGGUGGGGUGAAAGAAAAAAGUGAACAAAGACAAAGUACAAACUGAAAAGGCCAACAGUUAUUCUGAAGAAGAGGAAGCAAAGUAAAGACGUAAGAGAAAGUAAGGCCAUGGACCAGGAAAGACCUUGCAUGAGUGCAGGACACAUUUUCUGAUGGCUAUAAAGAAGUCUGGACAAAGUUUAAAGGACUGGAUGCAGAACUUGAAUUUCUUGUGGUUAAGAAAAUAUGGUAGCAUGUUAUCAGUGGCUUGGUAUAAAAAAUUGCUUUUGAUUAACAAUGCUCUACAUGGAGAAUACAGAAUGAUGGAAUGGUAAUAUGAAGAGCUUUCAGGGCAUUUCCACGAAUACCAUAGUGAAGACAUGGGUUUGAGUCUUGAAAGUGGCACUUUGUACCAAAAAAUGCCAAAGGAGCAGUAUAGAAACCAGACCUUGCAGUCUGAUGAGGGACCCCUGGUUGUACUACUACCACUACCAAGCCUAUCAAGUUUUCUGCAAGCGUCUGCUACUUUCUGUUACACAGUGAUGGUCAUGGAGACUGCUGUGAUUUUCUUGGUUGUAUCUCAUACUGAGGAUUGGAAGGAGUGGUGAUGGUUGUCGGUGUUCCAUUUGUGACUACCCUUCCAGCUGUCAAUGAAUUGUGAACGUAACAAAGGGGAUGAGUUGAAAUGUAAGUGCAAUGCCUGUCUCACAGAUCAUUUUGAGAUGGGAAGGGAAAGUGAGUAGGUUUAGUUUAAUUAGUUAGAUCAGUGUAUGGGUUUGAAACAUGGAACAGCCUCUUCGCAAAGCGGGGUUAAGGCCGCAUACAUUUGCCCUUUCCAAACCCUGCAGCUGUGGAAGCCUUGCGCAUGGGGACAACUCUUUUGGUUGUAUGAAAUUGUGUGGGUCUAUUUUGUGUGGGUCUAUUUACCCCUUUUCCAGUUCCAACUAUGUCUAGUACCAGUGGAGCUCCAGAACUCAUGGGAAUUAGUAUGGAUACGAUCCAUUUUUGUCCUGAUCUUUUAUUUCUGUACUUUCUCAGCAUCUCUAUUUUGUGAAACUAUUUCCUAACAUCGUUUUGUGUUUA